GAGGUGGAGAAUCUGAGCAGAACUCUUCCGAAAUAGCUGUUUUAUGCUCUUUUGUUGGUCAUUUUCGGGUACUUUUUCCCUCUUCUGGUCGGUACGGGGGCGGGGGGUUCCACUCGAUCGUGAGCUUUGGACCGAUGGAUAUUUCUCUGACAUUGGUAAAAUGCUUGGAGGUGUCUGGCUGCGAACAUGGAUUCAAGCGGCGGCGGCUCUAUCCAACAUGGGGAUGUUUCUCGCCGAUAUGAGCAGCGAUUCGUUCCAGCUCAAAGGAAUGGCGACUCGAGGGAUGCUUCCCGAGCUUUUCGCAAAGAGGUCUCCUUAUGGAACCCCUUUGGUUGGAAUCUUGUUCUCCGCUUCCGGUGUUAUACUACUCUCAUGGAUGAGCUUCCAGGAGAUCGUGGCGGCAGAGAACUUCUUGUAUUGUUUCGGAAUGAUCAUGGAAUUCAUAGCAUUCGUGAAGCUGAGGAUAGACCAUCCGGCGGAAUCAAGGCCGUACAAGAUCCCCCUUGGCACGGUCGGAUCGAUUAUAAUGUGCAUCCAGCCGACACUGCUGAUUCUCGUCGUCUUAGCAUUUGCAUCUUUCAAAGUCAUGGUGAUCAGCAUGGUAGCAAUUAUGAUCGGGUUUGUUCUUGAGCCAUGUUUAAGGUACUCGGACAGAAAGAGAUGGUUCAAAUACUCCAUAAUUGCCGACCACCAUGAGUAUCAUUCUGCCUAUCAAUGAUUUAAUAAAAAGAACAUGA